CCACGCUCAGCCCUAUCUCCUCAGCUUUGGUUUCUGGUUUGUCUUCUCUGCACCAUCUCAUCCUCUAGUCGCACAGUGCCAUCAUGCGACUUGACGGGCUCCUCGUUCGCUGCUUAGCAUUCGCAGUGGUGGGGGUGUUGUGCGCCGACGAAACCACAGAAGAGACCAAGGAUUUCACCCCCAGCAUCAUCUCCACCGGGGAAGCCAGCGUGCCGACAGGACCCUAUAUCUCUUACCAGACCACCAGCACGCUCGACGAUGAUAUCAACGACAAUCAUCCCGAUGCAACCUCGACUACAACCGGCUCGCUGCUGCCCACGGGCACCCCCGGCAAUGCCAGCAUGUCCGUCGUGAGCACCAACUCCGAUUCCAUGACCGUCCUCGAGGGCGGCCACCACACCACCACCCUCGUCAAUGGCACUGCCACCAGCUCGUCAACUCCCACGCCCUCUUCGUCACCCGUGGUCAACACGCAGCCCUGCAAUGGCUAUGUUGAGUUCUGCGACCGCGCAUAUUCCAACAUCACCAAUAUCGUCGCCCACAACAGCCCCUUUGUCCGGCCUGGAAACAUUGCGUCGAACCAGGCGUUGGACUUGGAAGAUCAAUUGAGUGAUGGGAUUCGCACCAUUCAAUUCCAGACCCAUCUCAUCAACGGAACGCUAUACCUCUGCCACACGAAUUGCGACCUGCUCAACGUCGGUACACUCGAAGACUACCUGGCGCGCGUGAACCGCUGGAUGCGGAGAAACCCCUACGAGGUCAUCACGAUCUUCAUGGGCAACUUCGACCUUGUCAAUCCGGCCAACUUCACUGGCCCCAUCGAACGUUCCGGGCUCAUGGACCUGGUCUGGACGCCGCCCAAGGUCCCCAUGGGCCUGGACGACUGGCCUACCCUCGCCUCCAUGAUCCUUUCCAACAAGCGCGCCAUCUUCACCCUCGAUUACGGCACCAACCAGACCGCGUUCCCUUGGUUGAUGGAUCAGUUCUCCCAGGUCUGGGAGACCCCCUUCUCCCCCACCCACGAGGACUUCCCUUGUACCGUCCAGCGGCCUCCUGGUUUGCCGCCCAAGGAAAUUGCCAACCGCAUGUACAUGGCCAACCACAAUCUCAACUUGCGGGUCGACCUAGGCCUGACGGAUGCGGAGAUUCUGGUUCCCAACAUGGCCUAUUUGGUCGAUACAAACGGCGUCAGCGGAUAUGGUAGCCUGGGGUCGAUGGCGGAAAACUGUACCGGUAAAUGGGGUCGUCCGCCAAAUUUCCUGCUGGUCGACUACUACAACUACGGGAAACCCAACGGAUCGGUGUUCGAGGUCGCGGCCCAGAUGAACAACGUCACCUAUAAGGGGAACUGCUGCGGCAAGUCCUCCGACGCGACGACGUCGGUCCCUCAGGGGCUGGGGCUGGGCUCCCUCAUGCUGGUCGGGGGGUUCGCGCACCUUCUGACCCUGGUGUUUUAGGACUCUCGGCUGGUCUGGAGUUUGCAUCAUUUCGCUUCCAAUACAUCUAAUCAUCCCUUCUUAUUGUACAUGCCAAACGUCAUGGAUAUUCUCUGUUGAUAGCGCCCUGUGCUCUGUAUCUUAUUUACAUAUUAAUCAUUAUUUGCGACAUUUCAUUCGGAUAACUUGGCCGCAGACGGAACAAUGCUCUUCGCGAAGUUGUGAUUGCCAAGGGGCGUAUAUCAAACCCUUCAACAGGGGACUAGGAGACAGCAGCAUAAUAAAAACGAGA